AUGUCUAUUCCGCCUCAACUUAUUCGCGUCAAGCGAAAGCGCGACGAUGAGUCGCCUGUGACUUUUCUCCAGUUUGACGAGGGCGCGAAGCGCCAUCGAACUGGAAGUAAUUGGGUCUACCAGAGGCGACAUGCCGAUCCCCAGUCUCCCACCGAAGCCCCUGCGAGAUCCCUUCACGAUGUCAAACCCGUCAUCCAUGUAUCCGGUCCUGAUGGUGACGCUCCUCGGACAAAGGCAAAGGUCGCCGUCAAGGCAUCGGAUCCUGCUAGCAUCGCCUCUACGUUGAACACGGCACCCGCCGAUGACUCCAAACUCGCCGAGCCACGACGUUUCCACAUAUCAAAGAAGAUGAUGAUGACGGCUAGCGGAAACCAGUCUUCCAUCCCCGGCAUGAAGAAAAAGGGGCGUUACGGACCCGCCGUGUUCGUUGAGCGAGGUCGUGUCAAGGUCAGUCAGCGAGCCUCACGAGCUCUCGAGGCAAUGCGCGCAUCUGCAACGCCGCCGCCCGACCAGCAACAGCAAGAUGCAACCGUGGCAGUAGAUCAGAAGGCAACGGAGCCGCGCUUGAAGAAACCAGGAGUGAGGAGUAGGCAACGCUCUCCUAUGCCGGAUCCCAAUGCGCGGGCCCCUCUGCCGGCCUCCGCCAUGAACCCUCACAACCAGGACAUGUCGAGGAUCGCGGCUGACAUGAACGACUGGGUCAUGAAGGAAAUUGGCGCAAACCUCCAACAGAUGGAGAACGAGAAGCGCAAGGCGGUGCAACACAGGUUCAAGCCAAAAACCCCGACCAAAAGUUAUGCUGAACGCCAUCCGGAAGUCGUGGCCAGCACCCCUGAGCCCAACCAGAUGGAUACAGCCAUGAGCGACGUGAGUGAUAUGGAUGAUGAUGACUGGGUUAUUGAGGAAUAUGUCCGUGUCCCUGCACAUGCCAUGAUGGUCAACGUGGCACCAGCAGAUGUCGGUGUUUUGGUUCUUGAUGGAGAGGAGGAUAACACCCUGUUCUUUGGGCCUGAGAACGAUGAAGAUGAGGAGCUUGACGAGGACGACGAAGACGAAAAUGCCGAGAACUACUACACGGCGGAUUACCCCGAGGACGAGGUCGAGUCAGAUGAUGAGUAUGGACGGCGCCCAUACGGCUACCGCAACGGGAACGCAUCCGACGACGAGGAGUUUGACAAUAUGGACUACGAUGAUGAUGAUGACGACAUGGUCUUGGAGGGAGACGGCGACGACGAUGCCACCAUGGCCCGCAUCAAAAACUACGUGAGACGCAGCCAUGCCUUUCAAUAG